CAACAAGAUGACACCUCCGAAGCUUGUCUUCUAUCUGACAUGCCUCUUCUUGGUGGAAUUUACUCAGAUGAAUCAUUUAAAACAACCCAGAAAUUUACAUCAAGAGAAAGGAUUGAUAUCUGCUAAUGUUGGACAGUCAUUGAUUUUGCGAUGUUUUCAUGACAGUGAUGCUGCAAAGUAUUACUGGUACAAGCAACUACUGGGACAGAAGCUACAGCUUAUUUCCAACACCUAUAAAUUUGACAAAAAUGGAACUUUUUAUGAUGAGUUCAAGGACAAUCCACGCUUUACAUUGGAAACUGAUGUGGGUAUAAAUCACUUACGAAUUUCCAACGUACAAAUCACAGAUACAGCAACUUACUUCUGUGCAAGUGGUCUUUCAUUUGUGUUUGAAUUUGGAGAGGGUACCAAAGUCAUUGUAAAGAGUCAAGGUUUGAGCAUCAAAGCUCUAGUCCAGCAGUCUGCUUCUGAAACCAUCCAGCCUGGAGGCUCUGUGACUCUAAACUGUACAGUACACACUGGGACCUGUGAUGGAGAACGCAGCAUUUACUGGUUCAGAAAAACAGAAGAAUCUCAACAAACAGGACUUAUUUACACCCAUGGAGGUGGGAAUGAUCAGUGCGAGAGAAAAACUAAAACACAAACUAACACCUGCGUCUACACCCUGCCGAUGAACGGUCUGAAUCUGUCUCAUGCUGGGACCUACUACUGUGCUGUUGCCUCAUGUGGACACAUACUGUUUGGAAAGGGGACAAAACUGGACUUUGAACGGGACGUGGACUCACUGGGUUUGGUGUAUUUUUUGGGUGGUGCUUUGAUAUUCGUCAUGAUUCUUUCUGGCUUUCUGGCUUUCCUGAUAUGCAAGAUGAAUGGGAGUAACUGCAGCCAAUAUUCAGGACAGUCAUCUCCUCACACAACCAAUGCAGAGCAGGGUUACAACGAUGCAGACAGCCUGCAUUAUGCCGCUUUACGUGUAAACCAGAGAAAACAAUCAAGAAGACUUAAGGAUGACACCAUGAGUGAAUGUGUGUACUCCAGUGUAAAGCAAUGACUGUCUUUUGCUUUCUUUAUAGUUGUUAAAGAGAAAUACUUGUACAAUUUUGAUUUUAAAAACGGUUUCUGGGUCUUUUUUGUUUGUUUUUGUUUGGAAUUUCAUGAUGGAUAUCCUAAUAUUAUUCCUUUAAAGUGAUUUAUAGACUUGACAGAUUAAAUAUAUCACAUAUUUCUUGAUUUUGAUGCAUUUCGUUUAAUGCUCUGGAAUUCUUGCCAUGUGUUUAAUCACAAAAUAAAGUAAAUGUC